CACAGAAAUUAGUAUUGUUUGAAAAAUAAGAUAUUAUUGAAAUAUCGUUUUAAAUGUUGCGGUUUUUUAUGGUGCACGUCAUAAUUAUGAGCCUGCCCAGAACCAAAACGUCCGUUGAUGGAUUUAAAUGUUUCAGGCACACCUCUUUGAAAGAGACGCUGAGUGGUCGUCAGAUUUCCAGACACUCAGUUAUGUCCUCAUCCAAAGAAGAUGCGUUGUCCCCGGACGAGCUGAAGAAAAGACUCUACCAGACUUUCAAAAACAAAGGAGUACUUGACACACUCAAAGCACAACUGCGAAAUCAGCUCAUCCAGGAGUUAAAGCACCCGCCUUUGACUGGACAAGAACCAGUUCCCCAGCCAGUACCUGUGAAAUCUGAGCCCCUUUUAGUUUCAGCCUGUAACAGCAUAGUUGCAGACCACCUUCACAGCUCAGGGUAUGAGUACACACUCUCUGUAUUCUACCCUGAAAGUGGCCUAUGUAAAGACAAGCAGGUUUUCAAGAACAAAGACCUUCUUCAGCUUCUUAAAAUUCAACCGGAAUCAGCCCUUUACUCAUCCUUGUCUUCAAUUAAAGAAAACAAUGAUAAAGGAUUUCUGAUCAACCUUCUAACAAAUCUGAGACACCAUGAUACUCACAGCCAUGAUGCUGACACCCAGACAACCACUUUAUCACGUUAUGGAGACUCUCUUGUAGAGAAGAUGAAACUGAUUGAUAGGGAAUAUGAGAACUUUACUUACAGUGAGGAGAAAAUGUUUUCAUUUCAAUCAAAACUGGAUGCAUAUAGAAGAGAAAUUGAAGCACAGAUGAAAGCAGAAAUGAACACAAAGCUGCAACUUUUUAACGAUGUUGAAAUCGCUAAGGUGAGGAUGGAAGAAAAAUCUAAAUUUCAUAAAGAAUUUGACAAGCUGAAGCAAGAACUGGAGAGGACUUAUGAAAUGAAGGCAAAGGCACUGAUGGAUCGAGAGAAAAAUGCCAUUGACCGGUUACAAAAACAACAAGAGAUUGAAGAAAAAAAUGUCUACAUGCAGAGACAAUCAGUGCUAAAAGAAAUCGAAACACUACAUAACAGAGAAAAAGAGCUGAGGAUGAGAAUGGAGGCUUUCGAAAAAACUUGUCAAAUUCAUGAGGAGAAAGUCAAGACUACCGAAGAGCUGCUGAGGAGGAGAGAACUGGCUGUGAAGACUAUGGAGGACACAUAUGACCAAAGGCUGAAGAAUGAGUUGUCCAGGUAUCAGCUUGAUUUGAAGGAGGACUUUAUCAGGAGAACAGAAAAACUCACAGAAAGUGAGAGCAGAAACAAAGUGGAAACUGCUCGUAUCCAGAAAGAGUCCGCUGUAAUUGAUGCCAGAUUAGAAGACCUCAGCAGAGCACGUUCAGAGUUGAAACGGGUUCAGGCUGAGCUAGACACAGCACAGCAGCAGAUUUCUCUGCUGACUCAACAGAAGGAGCUGUUAAGGGAAAGACUGGAGACCAUGAAUGACUACCCCAGCAUGAAAAGAGAGAAAGCAGAGCUGCAGGGACAGCUGCAGCUGCUAAAGAAACAGCUGGAGGAAGCCCAAGAGGAGAACCAGCUUCUCCAUGCAGAUAAGGGCAAGCCAUCCAAAGAGCAACUAGCCAUGCAGAUGGAGCUUGGAAGGCUGCAGAGCGCUCGGAGGCUGGAUGAGGAAGAGUUUGACAACCAGAAACAGGUGCUGAGGGCACAGCUCCAAAGCGAGGUGGAGCGAUGUGCUCAGCUCAGAGCUCAGCUGAUAGAGUGUGAAGAGAAGUCCCAGUGGAUGACUAGCCAUGCUGAGGACAUCAAGAUGCAGCUUCACCACACUCAGCAAGCUCUUGAAAAUGAAGUGCUGCGAAACCCCAAGCCCUCUCUCGUUGAUCGCUCAGUGCUGGAGCUCAGUUCCAACAGCCUGGUUCCCCCUGACAUCUAUGUCGACAGGGCUGUGCUGAGAGCCAGGGUGGGUUGUGAUGAUGUUUGUGAAGCAGGUGGGCCGAUGCGAGGACACAUGUCGCCCUGGAGUGACUCGCCAGACUCCGGCAUGGAGCUGGUGGCUGAAGCCAAGGCACGGAUCAGAGAGCUGCAAAAGGAGGCCGAGACCUUGGAAGAAGCCUACAGGAGCUACCAGCAGAGGGCAGUGCGCUCCACCAUCUCACACAUGCUUCCCACAAGAGCUCUGUCCCCACAACAAGCACAUCCUUCACAUCGACCUGUUUCUCCUCUUAGAAAACAAGACUCUCAUUCCACCCGUAAACAGAAAGUCUCUCACAGAUCACACUCUCCUCCAAAUAUAUGCUCCCCCUCCAUGCCGUCCUAUGGCUCUAGGGAUGUCUUACCACUUGCACAGUCAAGAGUGACGUUCUCAGAAGACAAUCACCAACCCCAGGCCACAGCAUUUACUGACCACAGUCUCCACUUAUUGACUGAACCUUUGUUUCUAAGAGAUGAGGCACUUCAAGAUGAAAGCUCUGCUCCACCCAGACGCUUGUCCUCGACACCACAAUCUUCUUCCAGGACUAAGCUUCAAAGAGAGAUUGCAGAAGAGGCAGCUGUGUCUCCAGUAGUGCUCCGUCAGCUGUCACCUGACAGACAGCUCCCUCCUGCCCCCCACAAUGAGGCGGUGACCUCAGGUGAUUUUUCCUCUGAGCUCAGUCCGCCUCGCAGUCCUCAGCUCCAGAGCACAGCACGAGAGCAGUCCAGCCCACCAAAGCUGCAGCCCGUCCUCUCCAGCUCAGAGUCUUCCCCACAGCCUGAGAAGAUAAGCCUUGAAGAUCUCACAGGGACAUCGUCGGAGCCCGGCCACAUUCCAGAGCUUCUCCUGGACACUGCUGUCCCUCUCUCUGAGGAGGCCCCUGACGGACCCGCUGCCCCCCACCCACAGGACCUCCCAGAAGACCCAGUAGAUUUGCAGGGCCAGGCGGGGGAAACUGCCAGGGUAGAAGAGGAAGAAGAUGAGGAGCAAAGGUGGGAAAGAGAACGAAGAGAAAGACAAGAGCGAAGGGAAAAGGAGCAAGAGGAAGCCAGAGAGAGAGAGCUGCAAGAACUGGCACGACUGGAGAAAGAGAUGCUUUUGGAAGAGGCGGAGACGUCAGAACAGAAAGAAGAAGUGGAAACAAUGGUUAAGAAAGGAGGAGAUGAAGAGCAGAGGGACGAGACAGAUGGCGGCGAUAGGGAGGAGUCUAAAGGUGAAAAUCCACUGGAGAAAUACAUGAAGAUGGUCCUGGAAGCAAGAGAGAAGCAGCGUGCACAGACCCCUGGAAGAGAAGCACCAGAGCAUACAAGCCCAGAAGCCAAGAGUUUGUCUGAAGAGAGAGGGGACAGCAUUGCAGCGUAUUCACACAAAGAUGAAGAUGAUGAUUUCUGGUGAGCCGAUUGUCCCAGAGUGCUGUUGUAAUCUAAAUUAUAAAAGCCUCUGUAGACUUGCACUGUUUCUAGUUUGAAGCAUUUCUUGCUUGCAUUUUAAAAUGAUGCUUUUUCACUGUAUAUAUUUGAACGAAUAAAUGUACUUUUUUUUUAAACUGUG